AUGCUUACCUCAAGCAUCCAAAUAUUCUAUUCGUUUAUGGUUAUACCGAUAAUUAGUCCUUGGGUGGUGAAUGGCAACCUGACGAACUAUUUGGAGCUCAAAGGCGCGGCUCUUACUCUCAUUAGAAGAUUUCGGAUCCUCAGGGAUAUCAUAGCUGUUCAUGCCAACAGUGUCAUCCAUGGUGACUUCACUGGGCCCAACGUGCUGAUCCAUGGUGAUGGCACUGCAUGUCUGGCCGACUUUGGUCUUUCCUAUUCGGAGGUGAUAAGCGCCUCUCAGGCUUCCUGGACGUCCACCGUCAAAAAAAAGUGCGAUGGAUGGCUCCUGAGCUGCUUGUACCAGAGAAGGAGGAGGAUGGAUGUCCCACCCGUCCGAGUGCAGAGCGACAUCUUUUCCUUCAGCGGCAUCAUGCUGCAGCCAAGUCGCAAACGCCUGCCCGAUCUCGUUACCCUGAACUCCCUGACCGAUACUGGCAGUUUAUCGAGCAAUGUUGGUCUCUGA